AUGACCAGACACGAGAUCCAGAAUCAUGAAGCCACGUCUAUUGACCCGAGUUACAAAUGUUCCGCUCCUGUGGACGAUCGACUAGUGGACGCGGAGCAGCGCGAGGAGGAUAGAGGUUGCGAAGCAGGGGGAAUGAGAGGAGGAGAGGGAAGGGGAGGAGACGACGGGGGAAUAGGAGUGGAACGGGGAGGCGAAAGGGAAGGAGGAGGAAGGGGUGGAGGUGGAAACGUGGGGGGUUUACAAAAAAAGUUUGGUGACGGUAACGAGGAAGCAGAGGGGGCGAGCGAAAGACUUCAGAUUGAUGGUGGUGGUGGCGGGAGCGGGGAUAUUAGGGGUGGCGGGGAUGGCCGGGGUGGUAACGCACAAGUUGGCGAAGGAGCAGGCAUUGAAGGGAGUGGUGCGGAGGGGAAGUGGAGGCACCCAUUCCUGGGCUCCAAGAACAGACCCACGAGCUUCUCGCUGCCGGCGCAGGGCGCGCGGGCGCCUAUGGACGUGCGCGUGAAGUACGAGAUCGCGGUGCUGCGGUGCCUGCGGCCGCACGUGAGCGCCAGUGUGAUCUCCGCCGUGGUGCUCGCCAAGCACGGCGUGGACGUGUCCCCGCGCAAGGUGCAAAAGAUCGCGCGCGAGCAGCGCAAGUGGAUCAAGGCGGGCGGCACCCCCGCGGGCAGCAUGGAGCUGGUACGACUGGAGGACGAGGUGGCGAUGUGGGUGCUGCGGGAGGAGCAGGAGAAGAAGCGGCAGGCGACGGUGGAGCGCAUUCUCGCGCGCGCGCAUGCCCUCGCGCCCAAGUACCUGGCGGGGGUGAAGGCCCCUGUGACGCAGAAAUGGGUGUCGGCGUUCAUGCGGCGCUAUGGGCUGCUGCUGCUGCCGCUCACUGAGCGGGCUCCGGGUGGGACGGAAGGGGCAGGGGAGGAGAGUGAGAGCGAGAGUGAGGAGUGUGGGGAUGAGGAUGGGAGGCAGGGCGGAGUGGGGAAGGGAGGUAGCAAGGGCGCGGGAGUUGUGGGGCGGGGAGGGGAUAUGAGUGCAACGCAGGGGGUGGUGGUGAAAGUAGAGGCGGACGAGGAUGGGCAAGGUGGGGGUGUGCGGGAUGCUGGUGGUGAUGGCUGUGGCGAAAUGAACGUGGUUUGUGCUGGGGUUGAUAAACGGCCUUCGCAGCAGGGCAGGGAAGGUGAGAGAACUUUGCAGGGUGGUGGUGGCAAUGGUGGUGGAAGUAGUGGUGGUGGUGGUGGUGGUGGUGGUUACGGCGCUAGUGGUGUGCGGGAUGCAAGGAAGGGGCAGAAGGGAAGUGGUUGGAACAGGCCGGCUGUUUACAAGGCUCAAGCAAAUACUUGGGACAUAAAUUGGGCGAGAAAGACAUGGGUGACUGGGUGGGAGGACGGCGAGUGCGAGGGCAGUGAGGAGAGCGAGAGUGGCAGCUCAAGCAGCGAGGAAGAUGAGAGUGAGGAGGGCAGUGAGGAGGAGAGGGCGCAGGAGAGCGACGAAGGAGCGAAGUUAUAUAAAGGAAGGAAGGCGGGAGUGAGGGGGGGAGAGGAGAGGCUAGUGGAGGUGGAAAUAGGGGACCGGCACUUUGACUCGGUGCUGGGUGCUGCAGAGCGCGCAGCGCGGGAGACGGUGAGGGAGUUCCGGCGAGACGUGGUGGAGGAAGCGGUGGUGGACUCGGAGGUGCUUGUGAAGGGACCCGUGGGGCGCGGCAGCAUGGUGUGGGCAACGCACCUCGACGUCAUGAGCACCCGCAUGGGCCCGCGCAGACGCGCUUCCACGGGGUGUGGCAUGGGCGCAGGGGAGGAGGCACGUGGGGAGAGGCGCGAGGGUGUGGGCGGUGUGCGAGGUGUGGAGGGUGGGGGGGGACAGAGGGUAGAGGAUGGGGGAAAGGAGAUGGUAGAGGGUGGGGGGGAGGAGAGGGGAAAGGGUGGGGAGGAGAAGAGGGGAGAGGGUGGGGAGGAGGAGAGGGUAGAGGGUGGGGAGGAGAAGAGGGUAGAGGGUGAGGGGGAGGAGAGGGCAGAGGGAGGGGGAGAGAAGAGGGCAGAGGGAGAGGGGGAGAAGAGGGCAGAGGGAGGAGGAGAGAAGAGGGGAGAGGGUGGGGAGGAGAAUAGGGCAGAGGGCGGAUUGAUGACGUUGUGGGGCCAGCGGUAUUCCCGUCGCGUGGCAUGCAUGGGCACCAACUACCGCAGCAUGCUGCCCACUCACCCACUCUUCAUCCGCGCCUCUGCCUGCUCCUCACAGCUUCCGCCUGCGCAAGCCAAGCACACAGCAGGGGAAAAGGAGGGCGCAAGAGGGCACAAGGACGAAGCAGAGGGGCUCAUCUGCGUGUGGCGCCCCCCACGGCACAAGCGCAGCAAGGGGGCAGGGGAGGGGCCUGUGGUACUGGAAGGGAUCACGCUCAGCCGCGUGCGUGCGCUGUGCCUCGUCAUGCAGGGUCGCCCAGGUGUGCGGCUGAAGUCGAUCCUGAAAGCAGUGAAGCAGGCGUGGAACGUGCAGCUGAGCCCGGGCGUGCUGUUUG